UGGUGCCAGGAGGAAGGAAGCGCCGUGACAGCGCCUCAGUCGGAACCCGGGUUCCGGGGGCGAGGAGGCCCGGGAACAGCGGCCCUGGCGAGCUGGCCGUCGGCGGGGCGAGCGGUCACUCCUGGAGGCGGCGGGAGCAGCCCCGCAGGGCGGAGCCUCCCCUCGCAGAUAUCUCCCGGGGCCAAUUCAGCACCUCUACCUGGCCAUCCUAACAAGGUGAUUUGUGAAAGGGUGAGACUUCAGAGCCUGUUUCCUCUUCUCCCAAGUGAUCAGAACACUACCGGUCAAGAGGAUGCUCACUUCAAAGCUUUCUUCCAGAGUGAAGAUAGUCCAAGUCCUAAGAGACAGCGCCUCUCUCAUUCAGUCUUUGAUUAUACAUCAGCAUCACCCGCUCCCUCACCACCAAUGCGACCAUGGGAGAUGACAUCAAAUAGGCAGCCUCCUUCAGUUCGACCAAACCAGCAUCACUUCUCAGGGGAACGAUGCAACACACCUGCACGCAACAGAAGAAGUCCUCCUGUUAGGCGUCAGCGAGGAAGAAGGGAUCGUCUGUCUCGACAUAAUUCCAUUAGUCAAGAUGAAAACUAUCACCAUCUCCCUUAUGCACAGCAGCAAGCAAUAGAGGAACCUCGAGCCUUCCACCCUCCGAAUGUAUCUCCCCGUCUGUUACAUCCAGCUGCUCAUCCAUCCCAGCAGAAUGCAGUCGUGGUGGACAUGCAUGAUCAGCUCCAUCAAGGAACAGUUCCUGUCUCCUACACGGUCACCACGGUGGCACCCCAUGGGAUUCCACUAUGCACAGGCCAGCACAUCCCUGCUUGUAGUACACAGCAGGUCCCAGGAUGCUCUGUGGUUUUUAGUGGACAACACCUCCCUGUCUGUAGUGUGCCUCCUCCAAUGCUUCAGGCAUGUUCAGUUCAGCACUUACCAGUACCAUAUGCUGCAUUCCCACCCCUUAUUUCUAGUGAUCCAUUUCUUCUACAUCCUCCUCAUCUGUCUCCCCAUCAUCCUCCCCAUUUGCCACCACCAGGCCAGUUUGUUCCUUUCCAAACACAGCAAUCACGAUCGCCUUUGCAGAGGAUAGAAAAUGAAGUGGAGCUCUUAGGAGAACAUCUCCAAGUAGGCAGUUUUACUUAUCCCUCUUCAGCUCAUCCUCCAACAUUACCUCCGUCAGCUCCUUUGCAGUUCCUGACACAUGACCCCUUGCAUCAGGAGGUGUCCUUUGGAGUACCUUAUCCUCCAUUUAUGCCUCGGAGACUCACAGGACGUAGUAGAUACCGGUCCCAGCAGCCAAUACCACCUCCUCCUUAUCAUCCCAGCUUACUACCAUAUGUGUUAUCAAUGCUUCCAGUACCACCUACAGUGGGCCCAACUUUCAGCUUUGAAUUGGAUGUGGAAGAUGGAGAAGUUGAAAAUUAUGAGGCCCUGUUAAACCUGGCAGAGCGACUGGGAGAGGCGAAGCCUCGGGGACUGACUAAAGCAGACAUUGAACAGCUUCCUUCUUACAGGUUCAACCCUAGCAACCAUCAAUCAGAGCAGACUUUGUGUGUAGUAUGCAUGUGUGAUUUUGAGUCAAGGCAGCUUCUUAGAGUUUUACCCUGUAACCACGAGUUCCAUGCCAAGUGUGUUGAUAAAUGGCUUAAGGGAAAUCGUACUUGCCCAAUUUGCCGAGCUGAUGCUUCUGAAGUGCAUCGGGAUUCAGAGUGACCAGCCUAAGAGCACAAAUUGAGUUUGGGUGUUCCUCAUCACGUGUAUAUAUGGACUAUCCAUUGAACUUAACCUGUGUGGCUUCCAGCCCUCCCUUUACCAAAAGGGUCAAUGGACCUUUCUUUGCACUGUGUGACUUAAUCAACUAUAAAAGCUUACAAUUAGUCUUCACAAUUAUGGGAUUGUUAUACUAACUGUGUGAUUGGAACUCCAAAGACCUUUUCUUUAGCUUAAUUCUGUGUGUGCACUAACAUUCCCUGGUUUUGUGUGAUCGUUCCGAGUGUUGCUGCCAGAUUACAGUGGACGUCAUCUUUUAGCAUGUGCUUUUAUAAAAAGUGGUAGCUCCAGAUGAUAUAGCAGUCUACCUUAUAUAGAGCCUUCAGAAACUGUGAGUGGGGAUGAGUGCAGCGUGUGACUGUUGGUGAUCAGUGAGUCUGUGUGAGAGACUGUGUGCAGCUACACGUGUGUAUGAGAUCCUGUAUACCAGCAUGUACCAAGAAUGUGUGUAGUUUUAAUUAUGCUGCAAUGUAUAAUCUGGUGUGUUAUUUAAACAGCACUAGUACUGUACACUGGUUUUACCCUUGUGUUUGCUGUUGCACACUGAUUGCUAAGGGUGCAUCAAUUCUAAGCAUUGAAUACUCCAUCCCCUUCCCUCCCAAUGAAUGGAAUGAGAAAAGCCUUCUUCCUUUGCUUCAGGCAGCUGUCCCCUUCUUUCUCUUUCUUGGUGAUCCUGAGUGGGUUACUUAAGAAAAAAAGUGUCAGAUUCUCACUCCAUGAUCUGAUUUUCUUUUCAAUUCUAUUGUAAAAGAAACUUAAGUCUCCAACUUGCUGUUUCCAAUAAGAAGGUGCAAUAUCAUACAUCCUCAUUAGCAAUAUUAGCAUUUCAAUCAGUGAUCUGAGUGUUGAUACUGCCUUGUUUUCCCUUACAUUUCCAGUUGCUUCUUACAGAAAGGACCUGUGUUUUUGUUAAUGUGUAGAUUUGUAGUCUGUUCUGAAGAUGUUGGAGUAAUAUAUUUUUAAGAACACCACUGGUCCCAUAAGACUCACCUCUUUGACCUCCACAAGAGCAAAAUCUUAACUCAGCCUGGUUACCUAACUCAGCCUGGUUUCUGGUUUGUGUUCUUCACUCAGACCUCCAUGGGCAAUUAAAUUGUAUUUCUGUUGGUGUUAGCUGAGUCCUGAAGUUGUCUAGUUUUCCCUCAGUAAACAUUCUCAUUGAAACCUUUGUUUCAGGAUGGAUCAAGUGCUAUGACAGCUCAUUUCUUAGGCCUGGUUUGCUUCGAUGUCUUACUUUUUUUUCUUUUAAUUUAUGUUAGAACAAGAAAAGUUUAAUACAGUAGGUGUCCAGAAUACUUGCAGUGUAAAAUGAAGAUUGGAUUUUUUUAUAAAAACAUAAUGCUGUCAAACAGGAAUUGGCCUUUAUUUAACCUGAAAUGACACAUAGCUAUGUGUGUAUUAUUAAAAAAAAAAAUAGGUUCAUUGAACACAAGUCAGAUUGUUUGAAGUCAUUUUUCAGCAACAUUGGAUUCCUUUCUCAGUGUGCUCCGCCUUCUCUGCCUCUGUGAGUUACUGGCAUCUGUGCAGCCACACCUGCUGCAGCCCUCUGGUCGCAGGUGUGACUACUCGAUGCCAACCUCACUCAACUCAAAAUUGGCACUGGGCCUGUUUUUUUUUUUUUUUUUUUUACUAGGACAGGGACAGUGUUGAGCUACUAGUUACUGCCAUGUUCCUUACCCUCCCUUGAAGUCUCUCUAAGCUCAUCUCAGCCUAGAGUUCAGGAAAGUCAAUUCACACAGAAGCACAAUUUUGUCUUCUUCCAGACACUGUUGCCUCUAUCUAGUUAGACAAAUAGGAUUUGACCUAGGUUCUGUUUGCCUCUAGAUUUGUGUUAGUGUGUCAGAAAUACUUAAAACAGAGGUAAAAUGCACACGUUACUUUUAAAUCAUUAGGAUAACCCCCUCCUGUUCCUAAUGAAUAAAAGGUGUGUUAAAGACCAAAAUUAUUACCGUAUAUAAUAAUCAGCUCCAAAUCACAUACAGCUUAAUCUUUAUUUUUUAAUUUAAAGAAAUCAUGUUUAAAAUUGUAAAAGUCCAUCUUAUAUAUAGACUUUUAUAUAGCUUCAAAAACUUUAUACCUGUACAGCUCUAACAUAACACUGUUCCACGCAGUAUUCCUCUUAUUGAUGCACACAAAUGAAGCACUUUCCUAAUUAAUACAGAGACACGGACUACCAAGGCACAUUGUGCUAACAACUGGAAAGUAGCAUUUCUUCUAUUAAUGUUUGAUGUAAAGUCUGGUAGUUUUUUGUUGUUGUUUUCGAAAGAGGUGGUUGGCAAUUUAGGAGGCAUUUGUGUCUGUCCUGACGGUAAAAUUCUAUUGUGCAGAUGACUGCUGUCUCCUUGGAAUGUCUUGUUUUAGCACAGAGCUCUUAGAGAUGGCCCAGACUUUGUCACUGAGUGGUUAGUGUAUCGUAGGAGCACACAUGUGACCUCUGCCUGUCCACAGUGGGCAUCUUUGUGGCUAGCAAAUGAAGAAAGUGCAGUUGAUUCCUGCCCAGCCAUCAUUGAUUAGAAGAUGCACCAGGUGGCAGAGGAUGUUGGUAGCCAUCAUCCUCUCCUAGAACGUUAUUGGCUUUACCAUCCUAACCCAGCUGUGGGGGUUUUGUAGGUUUUGGAUAUGGGGUUGUUUGUUUUGUUUUGUUAUUUUGGUUUGUAUGGGUUUUUGUUUAUUUGUUUUUUUUUUUUUUUUUAACAUGAAUCAACCAUGUUUUGUAUUUUUUUAAACUCCAAUCUCCACAAAACAACUCAAGGCCUCCAAGUAUCAAAAUGUCAUAUUGAGAUUUUUCUGUCCUGAAUUUUUUAGCAGAAUCUGAAAUUGUAAAAGCAUAUUAGAUUUUAUACACUCCCUGAAAUGUAAUUUGCUAAAAUUCUUAAAUUUGGGUCUCUUGUGAUAAUUUCAAAUAUGAUUGGCCUGUCUGCUUCUGAGAAUAUUUUUCACAGUAUCUCCAGGCCUUCUUUAAAAACCUGUCCCCCAUAGUGCAUCUGGUACCUUAGGUUGCUGUUUGUUUCAGAUUAUGGAAGCUCACAGGGGUGUUUGCUGGAAUCAUUUGCUGAGUCAUUUCUUCAAAUCAUAUUCCAUUGUAUCAGUUAACACAUAGUUUUAAAUGUAUGUAUUAUAAAUAUCUGUAACCAAAAUCAUUUGAAGGCUUGAUAAAUUUUUAACAAAGUUUGUACAUUUUUUAUGAAAGUUACUAGUAAUGCUUUACUAAGUAGUGCAAUGAAUUUUUAUUUUUAAUCCCUGUGCCCAAUUUUGGAGUUGAGAGGGUUGUUGGUAAUAAAUGUAUGAUGUACACUUAAAA